UCUGGAUACUUUAUUUUAUCUCAAGCUUACACUAUGGAUUACAGGCUGAUCUUGUUUGGGCUCUCAGUUUUUCUCCAAACAACUUCAUUAGACUCUGCGGCUGAUCCUUGUACCAGCUGUCAGUGUUGUGCUUCAGGCACAGACUGCAUCACCACCAGUGGAGUUGUUGAAUGUCUUGACCCCUGUGCCACCUACACUGUGGUGAAUGAUGCAUGGCGUUCAACAGAGAAUACGGAUAAUUCAAUCUUACACUGUGACCGAAACAUUGUCUGGAGUGGUUGGUAUCGCUUUUAUUUGGGUCAGACCAGCGCUCAGAUGCCAGAGAAAUGUGUAGCAGAACGAAGAUGUGGAACUUCUGCUCCUUUGUGGAUAACUGAGCCUCAUCCAGUCCAGCUUAAUGAAAUAGUAACUCGCACUGUGUGUAACGCUUGGUUGGGUUCUUGCUGCUAUUUUACCUCACACACCAUCCAGAUCAAAGUUUGUUAUGGAUACUACGUCUACAAACUUCAACAGCCGUCUGGAUGCGACCUGGCAUAUUGUGCAGAACCUCAACCCUUCAGAGUAUUGACACAAGAUGAGAGCAGCAUCACUCUGAUGUGGAACAAGAUGAACAACAACUUUAGCUUUGUUCUCCAGUUUAAUGGCACAGAGAUAAACAUCAGAGCACCAGAUGGAGAUGGAUCAGUAACUUACACAGUCUCAUCUCUCACUGCUGGAACUAGAUACACAUUCACUCUCUACUAUGUGUUAGAAAACAUCAGAAACAGUGGCAUACAACUGACAGCUGUCACAGCUCCUCAAAAUGCAGAAGGAUUUACAAAGUCAGGACAAAAUAAGACCAGCAUCACCCUGCAGUGGAAUAAAAUCAACAACAAUGUCAGCUUUGUUCUCCAGUUUAACGGCACAGAGACAAACAUCAGAGCACCAGCUGGAAAUGGACCAGUAACUUACACAGUUUCAUCUCUGACUGCUGGAACCAAAUACACUUUCACUCUCUUCUCUGUGUUUGAGGACGUCAGAAGCAGUGGAGUACAACUUGUAGCUUUCGUUGCUAAAGAAACACGUUAUGUCACUAGAAUGAAAGUACAACUUACUUCUCAAGGAAAACUGUCACAAUCAGAGAUGGAAGAGGUUUUAGCAGAGUACCUCAAAGCACAUGGUCUAUCACAGUUUUCCAUGAAAGUUCGCAUCAUUAAACCAUAAGCGAUGAAGAAAGUCAAGGAUGACAUCUUGGAUCAGCCCAGUUACUAUGCAGAAUAUUUACUUCUGUCUGUUCUCUUAAAUUGUAUAUAUUGUUUUCAGCAACAUUUAUUUAUCUUGGACAACUUUUUCUAAGAGAUUGUUUAAAUAAUCUUAUAUCAUUCGUGAAUCUAUUUUUGUCUCACUAUUGGUUCAGGUGUCUGACUUUUUGUUUACCAGAUUCAGUUCAAUUUAUCUUGCUGUAAUGAUUUUCUUAUGCAUAUAUUGUGUUGGAUUGCUAUUGAGCUUAAUAGUGGUAGUAAUUUUUGUGUCUUUGAAGACAAUGUUAAAACUGAAAA